CAAAGAUGAACACAGACUCCAUCAUGCAGUCGUAGUUUAUUGCUUUAACGACCAUAGAAUUAAUCACGAUCAUCAAUCCUUCUAGUACACUCUCUCUCUUUUUAGACUGUUCUUUAUUUACCAGCCUGUGUGAACGUGACCGCUCAACCUCGAACUUGUGAUAGUGUGUGAAAGUGAAGAUAAAGAUGGAAGUUUAUCUUGCUUCUGUUCAGAAAAAUAUGAAAUCUGAAGGAGAGAUUGUGGAAGCUGCAAUUGUACCUCUGUUGAAACUUAUAGCCCUUACUCUCUUUGGUUUAAUCCUUGCUCACCCAAAAAUUCAACUUGUCCCUAAAGCUACUUUCAAGCUCCUUAGCAAGCUUGUUUUUGCUUUGUUCUUGCCUUGCUUAAUAUUCACUCAGCUUGGUCCAUCCAUUACUCUCAAGAACAUUGUUCAGUGGUGGUUCAUUCCUGUAAAUGUGAUCAUUAGCACUGCCAUUGGUUGCAUAUUGGGAUGCUUGGUGGCGAUUAUAUGCCGGCCACCAAGGGAGUUUGUUCGGUUCACAAUCAUCAUGACUGCAUUUGGCAACACUGGCAAUAUUCCACUUGCAAUAGUUUCAUCGGUGUGUCACAGUUCUGAUGCUCCUUUUGGUCCCGAUUGUUACGGAAAUGGUAUUGCUUAUGUAUCUUUUUCUCAAUGGGUUUCUGUUAUUCUUGUUUACACUCUUGUUUACCACAUGAUGGAGCCCCCAUUGGAGCAGUAUGAUAUUGUUGAUGAAGAGAUUCAGGAAAUGCCUGUUGAUCUCAGCAAUCCACUCCUUGUAGAAGCUGAGUGGCCAGGAAUAGAAGAAAAAGAAACAGAAAAUAGCAAGACACCUCUUAUUGCUAGGCUCUUCAACAGCAUCUCUAGCAUUUCACAAACAAAUAUUCCUAAUAUUGAAAAAAUAGAAGAGGGAGGAGAGAAGGGAGGUGAACGUAAUCCCGAGUCCAUUAGGUGCUUGGCAGAGCCUAGGGUGGUUAGAAAGAUUAGAGUUGUUGCUGAACAAACACCAAUUCAUCAAAUUCUCCAGCCUCCAACCAUUGCUUCUUUCUUAGCUAUUGUCAUUGGUGUGAUUCCUGCUCUCAAACAUAUUGUUUACGGUGCUGAUGCUCCUCUUCAGGUUAUCACAGACAGUUUAGGUAUGAUGGCUCAGGCCGCAGUCCCCUCAGUCAUGCUUGUUCUUGGGGGAAUGAUUGGUGAGGGUCCAAAUGAAUCGAAACUUGGGAUUCGGACCACGAUUGGCAUUAUUGUUGCAAGGCUUUUGGUGCUUCCAGUUAUUGGAAUUGGGGUCAUCUAUUUGGCUGGUAAAUGGAAUCUUUUAAUCCCCGGGAACCAUUUGUACCAGUUUGUUCUUUUGCUGCAAUAUACAACACCUAGUGCCAUUUUGUUGGGAGCUAUUGCAAGCUUGAGAGGUUAUGCAGUCAAAGAGGCUUCAGCACUUAUCUUCUGGCAGCAUGUGUGCGCCGUCGUCUCUCUUUCAAUAUAUAUGAUUGUCUACUUCAAGCUGCUGCUUUCAUAUAUCUAAGAUUAGUUUUCCAGCCGAGGAAGGCUUUUGAGGAAGGCCUGGCCAUUGAUUUAAUUAUAUGGACGUUCGAGGGCUGAUUUCAGUCAUAAUAUUUGAUCAUACUGGAUUUAUCAAUGGGAUGGUUCAAUUGCUUUCUGCGGUGUCUGCUGUAACCUCCGGAGAAUAAAUUCUCGCUUGAUAAUGUGAUUUUGGCUAAUCUUAUCUUACCGGAGUUAUCAAGGGUCUUUUGCUAUGUUUACCAGCACACAUUGCCUUGCGCAAGGCCAAAUGCAUCAGGCAGUUGAACAUCAAACUAGCUUAAAUAACAUGGUGGCCUUCAAGGUAAUCAAAUCCCAUGUUAGAGUGGUCGAAGUUUUAACAAUGAAUGAGUAAAUGCUACUCCUUGAGCCAAUUUAAUGUAAAUUAAUAAAGAAUUAAGACUUGUAAGUUGGCUUUCCACUGAUAAUAAACAAUAAAUAUUUGAUGCUUCACUUGAGGGUAAUCAAAUCCCAUAUGAGAGAUUGAAGUUUAA